AGUACACAAAAAUGACAUUUCGGCUGGCCAAGUGUUUGUCGUCGCCAGGUUCUACUCUACUCUACUCUAGACACUCUAGCCUCGGUCUCCGCGCUUCUCGGUGGAAGUCUACGGUGUCAGGCCAGGUGGAACACGGCGAGGAGAAGGAAGGAGCCACGGCAAAGCCUUUCGAGGCUAUCCCCGGCCCAAAAGGCCUGCCGUUUGUGGGGACAGCUCUACAUGCGGCGUUGGGAGGCUGGAUGGACAAGUUACACAUACAUAGUCAGAACCGUUGGCGCCAGUAUGGUUCCAUCUUCAAGGAGACUAUUGGUCCUCAGACGUGGGUUACUAUCGCAGACCCUGAUGAUGUGGCAGCUGUGCUCCGAGCAGAAGGUCGCUACCCUCGGAGAUAUGCCUUCGAAAGCUUCAUUAUGGCCAGGGAGAUCAUGGACAAGAAGUUGGGUGUCUUCCUCGAGAAUGAUGAGACAUGGCAGCACUACAGGACUUUACUGAACAAGAAGCUGCUGCGUCCUCAGCAGGCGGCAGUCUUCACCCCCCUGAUGGACGAAGCCGCCUGUAACUUGGUGUCGUACCUACGGAGGAAGAGGGACCAGGGGGGGAGGGUGACGGACUUUCAGGGACAUCUUUUCCGCUGGUCCAUGGAAUCUGGCAGCACAGCCAUGUUUAACCAACACCUUGGGCUACUGAGUGAGAAUCCCCCACAGCUAGCCAAGGAUUUCAUCUCUUCUAUAAUCAAAAUUCUGGACACAACCAAUGCUAUGAUGACUUUUCCUCCCAAAGUCCACAAAGCCCUGAACACCAAGGCCUGGAGAGACCAUCUUGAAGGAUGGCAAACCUGCUUUGAAAUCACCAAGCAACUCAUUCAAGAGAUCAUGGAGAGAGAGAUGGAGAGAAAGGAAGAAGAAGAAGAAAUGCCCGACCUUGUCUCCUAUCUCCUGUCAGUCAAACUCAGCCCAGAGGAGGUUCUGGCAAACAUUGUUGAUGUGCUAGGUGCAGCUGUUGAUACAACAUCCAAUACCAUGUGCUUCACCUUGCACACCUUGGCAAGACACCCUAACAUCCAGGAGAAACUGCAUGAUGAGGUGGUAAGGUUUGCUCCUGAUCAUCAGGCGCCCGUUACACAGGAGCAGGUCCACAAGAUGCCUUACCUUAGGGGGGUCAUCAAGGAGGUGCUUCGGUUAUACCCAGUGACCUACAUCAACAGUCGAGUCCUGAACCAUGAUGCUGUGGUGUGUGGAUACAAGAUUCCUGCUGGAAAAACUAUAAUCAUCUGUCCAUAUGUGAUGGGGAGGGAUCCUAAGAACUUUGACAACCCGGAAGAGUUUCACCCUGAGAGAUGGUACAGAGAGAACAGCAAAAACCUGAAAGCCUUCGCCUGGCUCCCCUUUGGCUUUGGGCCAAGAAGCUGUGUCGGCCGUCGAAUUGCAGAAACGGAGAUGCACCUGGCUCUCAUAAGGAUUUGCCAGAAUUUCAAGCUGGAGCAGGAGAAACCAGAAGAACUUGUCGGCAAAGUCAGAGCUUUGCUGGUCCCCGAAAAGUCUGUCGACCUGAAACUCAUUGACCGCUAGACUAGAAAAUGUAUAAAGUUUUACACAUGUACAGCUAGAAAAUAUAUAAGGUUUUACUCUGCCAGAAAAUUUAUUAACCACAUUGAGUGUUGAUUGGUGUAUAUAUUGGUUGGUUGAUUGAUAGAUUGAUUGAUUAGCUUUAGGGAAAGACCCUGUUCAACUUGUUGGGGUCUUUCUACAACCAGCUACCUUUUACUAAGUGUAACUCAGCAGAAUGGUCUCAAAAUCGCAUAUAAUGUUUAUUGUGUGCCCAUUGUUGUCGAUGAUGACCAAAACGUCGCAUUAGGUACAAUGUGUCUGGUUGUGUCCCACGAGUCUGAUAUGGAUGUUAGAAACAAAUGUAGGAAAAAAAGGGAAUGAUGUAAAAGAAAACAUAACUAGUUUUGUGUAUGUAAAGAUGAUUGGGUUUAGUCGACGUCUGUAAAUGAUAUUUAUAUAAUAUACAUUCAGCCUUGAAGAUAAAAGCCGUGUGCUUUGUGAGAUUGGACGUCAUGUUGCAGUUCUGACAGUGAUUGACAGAAGUCGCUUCUGGUCCAUGCGUAUCGUGGCACUAACCAUUUCUCGAUGCUUGUUGGUAGCAAG